AUGGCGGGGCCAGUGAAGGACCGGGAGGCUUUCCAGAGACUCAACUUUUUGUACCAGGCCGCCCACUGCGUCCUUGCUCAAGACCCUGAGAACCAGGCGCUGGCGAGGUUUUACUGCCACACGGAGAGGACCAUUGCGAAGCGGCUCGUCCUGAGGCGAGACCCUUCGGUGAAGAGAACCCUCUGUCGAGGCUGCUCUUCCCUCCUCAUCCCGGGCCUUACCUGCACCCAACGCCAGAGACGCCGCAAGGGACAGCGCUGGACGGUACAGACUUGCCUAACAUGCCAGCGCAGCCAGCGGUUCCUCAAUGAUCCCAAACAUCUGCUCUGGGGAGACCGACCUGAAGCGCAACUGGGGAGCCAGGCAGAUCCGAAACCACCACAGCCUUUGCCAAGCACAACUCACCCCAUUCCAGCCCACCUUCCUGAGGAGAAAGUGCAGCCUCAGAGCCCCAGUCACCAGUGA